UCUGGGGCUGGCCACCGCCUUCACUCGCCGCAGCAUCAGGACCAUCAAGGACAAUGAGCCCCGAGCGAGUCACCGCAUCCAUGCGUUAAUUUCGCGCUAUUCCAAAGACCAGCUAUGAAUCAUGAAUGUGAUAGUACUUUCAAAUCUGCUCGCGUGCAUCCUCGCUUCGCGUCUCCAUCCUUCCGUGGCGUCAGCGUCAGCCGUGUUGGAGACUGAGAUCCCCGGGGAGGCAGUGUCAUUGCUGCUACAGAAGGAUGAUACUGCAGCGGGACAGACGCACAAUGCCAGCGGGCCGCAGGAGUCAGAGCGCACACUCACAUACCCCUCCCGUCUCAUCUACUACCGGAACGAAGCUUCAGAGAGCACCUAUCAUGACCUGAACACUCGCGCUAAGAUUGCUGACCCACAUGGACAGGAGGUGCAUCUCGCUCAGGCUUCAUUUCAACUUCAGGCCUUUGGAUCACAAUUCAUUCUGGACCUCACAUUAAACAACGACCUGCUGUCCUCAGACUAUGUGGAGAUACACUAUGAGAAAGGGAAGCCCAUCCUUUGGAAGGGUGGAGAGCACUGUUAUUACCACGGCCAGAUCAGAGGGAAUGACAACUCUCGAGCCGCUCUGUCCACUUGUAACGGUUUACAUGGCAUGUUUGAUGAUGGAGUCCAUGUGUACACGAUUGAGCCACUUAAACAGAACCACUCUAUGGAGGGAACAGCGAGGCCACAUGUGUUACGCAGGACGACUAUCCUGCAGCAAACCACACCUGCAGGAGAGCAAGGCAUGGAGGAGGAUUUGCCUUGGCUUCGACGGAGGAAAAAGCGAGCUAUGCCGAGGAACGUGUUCGAGGAAAUGAAGUACAUUGAACUGAUGAUCGUCGUCGACCACAGCAUGUUUAAGAAAGUGAGGGCCAAGCAACAAACACGCAACCACGCCAAAUCUGUGGUCAACCUGGUGGAUGCUAUCUUUAAAGAGCAUCUGAACACGCGUGUGGUGCUGGUCGCAGUGGAGAUCUGGACGGACCACGAUCGCAUUCCUGUCAGUGUGAUUCCAUUCGAAAUGCUGCGAAACUUUUCCAAAUACAGACAGCAGCACAUCAAGCAGCACGCAGACGCAGUGCAUCUGCUCUCUAACGUGACGUUUCAUUACGCUCGGAGCAGCCUGGCGUAUUUUGGAGGGGUGUGUUCUGUCAGUCGUGGGGUUGGUAUCAUUGAGUUUGGCUCUACGUGGACGAUGGCACCACUGCUGGCCCAGAGUUUGGCUCAGAAUCUUGGUAUUCAAUGGGAUUCAGCAUUAAAGAGAAAGGAUUGUGGGUGCAUAAACUCCUGGCUGGGCUGUAUCAUGGAGGACACUGGGGUCCAGCACCCGCGGACUUUCUCUAAGUGCAGUAUCAUUGAUUUUAAAGAGUUCCUGUUGAAGGGAGGAGGAUCCUGCCUCUUUAACAAACCCAGCAAGCUGUUUGAAGACACGGAGUGUGGAAAUGGAUAUGUGGAAGUGGGAGAAGAGUGCGACUGUGGACCGAGAGAAGAGUGCAUUAAAGAGUGCUGUAAAAAGUGUUCUCUGUCUAACGGUGCUCACUGCAGCGACGGACCCUGCUGCAACAACACAUGUCUGUUCUAUCCUCGAGGUUACUCGUGCCGCUAUGCAGUAAACGACUGUGAUAUUUCAGAGAUGUGCUCAGGAGACUCAGGGCUGUGCCCUCCAAAUCUACACAAGCAGGAUGGUCACUUCUGUUCCCUCAACCAGGGUCGCUGCUAUGCUGGAGAGUGCAAGACCAGAGACAGUCAGUGUAAAUAUGUGUGGGGACCAAAGGCUGCGAGUUCGGAGAAGUUCUGUUAUGAGAAGCUGAACACAGAGGGCUCAGAGAAGGGCAACUGCGGUCAAGACGGAGACAAAUGGAUCCAGUGCAGCAAGCAUGAUGUAUUUUGCGGAUAUCUGCUGUGCACUAACACUGGCAGAAACCCACGGAUUGGCAACAUGAAAGGAGAAGUCACUCCCACAAAUUUCAACCAUCAGGGCAGACUGAUCGACUGCAGCGGUGGUCACGUCUUGCUGGAUGAUCAGACCGAUCUCGGGUAUGUCGAGGAUGGCACUCCAUGCGGUCCGUCUAUGAUGUGUCUGGACAGGAAGUGUCUCCCUCUUCAGUAUCUGAACCUGAGCUCCUGUCCCACCGGACCCAGCGGACACAUCUGUUCCAGUCACGGGGUGUGCAAUAAUGAGGCGGCAUGCACAUGUGACACAACGUGGGCGGGGACAGAUUGCAGUAUGCCUGACCCUCCAAAAGUACCGCCCCCUGCUGAAGAUGAAGGACCCAAGGGUCCUAGUGCCACCAAUCUCAUCAUAGGGUCGAUCGCAGGGGCCAUCCUGGUGACAGCUAUAGUCCUGGGUGGGACGGGCUGGGGGUUUAAAAACGUCAAACGGCGAGGAUACGAUCCAAGUGCAUCUGCCAUCUAGUGGACAGAAGGAAGGCCCCGACCUCCAGAGCUCCUCUAUUCAGCUGGACUGCUGUUUUUGCUGCUCUUUUUUCUGGCAUUAGUUAUACUUGAAAAUGUUACACAUAAUAGUAAAGAAUUCAAACAACAAUACCUUAGUUAUGUAGCUCCACCCCCUUUUAUAACCUCCAUCGUCUCUCACUGAGCCAUCAUUAUUGACAUAUCUCCCUCAACCCCAGCAGCCAAUCAGAUCAUUCCUACAUUACCGAAGCAUGACAUCACAACAGCCUGUCCUUGAAGGUUUCGCAUGGCUAAUGCCCUUAUUCAGCAGAAUACAGCACAACAACUUAUGAAGAACAUAAAUAUUACCCACGCAAACUCAGACCCCCUUUAUUUCUUGAUUGCUAAUCUGACGGAAGUAAUUGAUAGCUGCAUGGCUUAGGCUUAGAGAGACAUGUUGAGUUGAAUUCAUGGGAUUGAAUUAGUUCUACACUUAAUUGACCAGAGAUAUCUAUGGGAAUAGCUCAUGCAAAAAUGAAAAUUCUGUCAGUAGUUUAUACUUUCAUGACUUUUCUAUCUUCAGUGGGACACUGAAGAUGUCAGGUAGAAUAUUUUGGCAACUCUAUGCCAUACUCUUUAGCAAUAAUGUAGGCUAACCUUUGUUACACAUAGCAUGACCUUCAGACUGACGGCCGAAGUCUGGACUCUACAGCAGCUUUCACUGGCCAAGCACCACUGAAGAGAUUGUCUGAUUGACAUGUUGAACGAUCAAUCACAGUUCAUUUGUUUUGUGUAGGGGCGGAAAAAAUAUAAAGUCAUUGUCCCUACAAUAACAGACCAGUGUGCAGUUCAAUAUUAGAUGAUGUCUGAGACUCGCUUUGGCCCUCUAGUUCAGAUCUUGAAGCUAGGAGAAAUGGUAGAAAUGUUCUUUGGCUCUGCGCUGAUGGUUUGAGGCAUAACUGCAUAUUAUGCCUGGUAUAUCAGCAAAAUUACAGUGCACCAUAUUGUGACUAUGACUUAAGACACCUUUUUAGUUUGUGGCCGUAUUUUAUUAAUCGUUUCCCUUGUUUAGUUAAUUUUUUUUUUAGAACAUUUUAAUUUAGUUCGGUUGUGGUCAAGAGGGAAUUAAUUAAUAUGUUGUGGUAACAAACUUAUUAAUUAAAAAGGGCACAAUACAAAAUAACAGUUUUAGAAAAAAAAGUCAAAAGGGUAAAUAAUGACAGAAUUGUCAUUUUUGGGUGAAUUAUCUCUUUAAGGUGAAUUCUAAUAUAAUUUCACUCUAAUUAAAUAAUUUUGUGCCCAUUUUUACAAAUGUUUGUGACUAAACUUGGAUUUUUAGCAAACGCUUAUUCAAAAUAUGUUAAUUUAACCAUGUUUAUUUCAUAUAAAUGUUGUAUGUUUAAUUGUGUGUAUCUUGCACACAGUGUAUUUGUUGGUCUUUUGUUCUGACAUUGGGCAAUAAGUGAAUGGUGUACCUCAACACCCACGUUGAAUGAGACUCUAAGCCAAAGAUCUAAAGUAAAAAUGUAAAUUUGGGAUGUUAUAUACAGGACUUGACUGUGAUAUUGUUUCCCCUGAUGGGAUGAGGUAGUGUUAUCAUAACUGAUCUCCUGAAACACAUGCAAUAACCUGAUCAGUUCUACCUUGUUUCAUCUGUUUAACUUUGCCACUCAAUUGUAAUUGUACAGAUGGUCAGAUUUUUGAGAAAUAUUAUUCAGACCCUAUUAUAUGUCCUUCCUCAUCAUCCAUCUCCCUCAGCUGUCAGGGCUGCUAACCCUACGGGAAACGAUUGCUUUGCUGCAUGAAUUUACUAUAGUGGGCUUGUUACUCUGUAAGUAUGAAGUAUGACUGCCCAACCCCAUAGGAAUAUGUAUAUCACAGAGACUGUGCUGUGCUGUUUGUGCAUGUCAGCUACAAAACUUUGAUUUACUAUGCAAACAAAUUUGUUGCACAAAGUGAAGGGUUAAAACAGUAAAAUACCACACUGAAGUAUCACAGUUGACCCUGUUUUUUAGCCAUGAUUUGAUAGCUAUGCUGAGCUUUAGGAACAAUAACAUUUUGUUGCUUUUUAUCCUUUAAUAAAAAGGAAUGAAUGUAUUAUCUUUUGUUUAAAAAGCAACUCAUUUUGCAGAAUUGCAAUAAUUCCCAGGUUAUUUUCACAUUUAAGGUUUCAGGUUCAAUUUUGGACACUCGCCUUUUAUAUUUUCUCUGUUUUUCAUCAGCACAGUUUAUUAACAUUGUUCCUUUAUUUACCUGCUGCUGUUACUCUGAACUGUAAGAAAAUCAAAGUAAACAAUAAAAUCAACAGUAUUUUACA